CAUCACUAGAACACUUUGAGAAAGGUAUCGAGCAAAGAGAAGCGAACCUCAGUGAGGGAUUGAGUUGAUUUAGUUCUGCCACAAGGAUUUCGUUUUGAGAAAAUUGAUAUGCUAAGAAAAAGUUUACUUAACGUUGGCUAACGUCGUUUCUUUCAUUUUAUCUUCAAAGAGUAGCCUGCAUAAACCUAAAAAGGGACCUUUGCCUGACAUUUACAUUAGGCUAGUUUCAAUCAAUCUAGAACCAGAACAACCAUGGCCAGUCGUAAGCGCAUCCUGAGCUCUCCGGAGAAAAGUCCUGCCAGGCAGAACCUGUUUGGCCCAGUUGACCGUGAGCAGCUGCAGCAGGAGUACCAGGACACCCUGCGCAGAGACCUGGAGGACACCUGUCGCCGCUGGGGCUUCGACUUCCUGUCAGAUAAGCCUCUGGCUGGGGGAGACUUCCAGUGGGAGGAGGUUCUGGGCACCAAGGUGCCUCUCUUCUACCUGCCCUGCCUGUUGGGUCAGGGGGAUGCACAGAAGAUUGGAGGGCUGGCAGCAUCCACAGGGAGGGUCAGGGCGGGGCCAUGGCACCGUGGAAAGGAAAACAUCCCUUGCACCCCUGAGAAGUACGGAGCCAACCUCCAGAACCUGGAGAAACCGCAAGACAAGAAUGAGAACAAACUGAAGAGGAAACAGACCAACCUCACAGAUUUCUACCAAGCCAAGAAGAGAGUGGUGGGUACGUCGCUUAAGUCAGGCCGGUGAUUUCAGAGACACCGUCACAGCUGCCAGGGAGCCAACAGUCGGACAAAUCCACAGCAAGCACUACUUCUCUCAGGAACCCACAUGCUGAACAGACUCUGAGUACAUACAGUACACAUACCUGGAGGAAUACAUAACCAAUCCUCUAAACAAAUGCAGUGAAAAAUGAAACAACCUAUUUUAUUGCAUCCAUUACCGAUGCAUACUGUUUUAUUUUUAUAUCCAUGUAGGUUAACUGAUGUACUAAUGAUUUCAAUGUAAGGGGACUUGUGUUCUCCCUGUGGUAAGGGAGGGACAUUCUAAUGGUGCAUCCAUGACCAUUUGUGAGUCAUGAAAGAACAUCCUCUAAACCUUUAUGACCGUUUAGUGUAAGGAAGACUUGAAAAUCUAAGUCUGGACAGUUAAGGUUCUGCAUUCCACAGCACUGAAAUAGACCAAUCGAAACCAUGCCUCGGUCUACGCAUAAAUCGUCUUGUUUUGAUGACAUCUUGACAUUAUAAAACCAUACUGUUUACGGUGCUGAGUUUGAAUCUACUGUAAUAUAGUGUCACAUUGAGAGGACUUGAAAAAAUGACCACAACAACACAAUAGUCUUCAACAAUCUUUUCAGGACAAAUUUCAAAUGUCCAAAUGUAUGGAUUGAUGUUUUUUUCAUUAUGCUGUGUCUCAUGAAGAGGGCCAGGAAUCAUGCUAUUGUCUGUCAUUUGCAAGCACUUCCUUUCCAAAGUAUGUUCUGUUGUACAUGAGAUUGCACACAUUUUUAAAUAUGUAUCUCAACAUGUACUCAUAGGAAUCUACUUGAAGGGUACCGCUGUGCAUAAAAUUAUGCAAACUCCUAUAUAGAAAUGGCACCAAUUAUUUUUUAUUUUUUUUAACUAGGCAAGUCAGUUAAGAACAAAUUCUUAUUUUCAAUGACGGCUUAGGAACAGUGGGUUAACUGCCUUGUUCAGGGGCAGAACGACAGAUUUUUACCUUGUCAGCUCGGGGAUUCGAUCUUGCAACCUUCCGGUUACUAGUCCAACGGUCUAAACACUAGGCUACCUGCCGCCCAAUGUCCCCCUUUCUACCUAACUAGGACUUCUUGCUAUAAUACUCUUGGGAAUUUGUUGAUAGGGACCUCCGCAAUGUUCUUUCAAGCUUUUCAAGUAUUUUUACAAAGUCUAUUUAGCAUCUGGCCAUCUGAACACAAAGCCAGACAUUCAAGUUUCCUUAGAUGAGUAUCAGCUUUAUCUUGAUGUUAAUAUCAAACUGUUAAGCAGUGAAACAUUUAACGUUUUCUUGCAGUAUUGCACAACAUUUUUCUUCAUGUAGCCAACAGCAGGUACAAGUGCCUGUAUGGUAUUUGAAUCUAAACAGAGAGAAUUUGUGUCCUCAGAAACAUAGCUAUUUUUGACUAAGCUACAGCCUCUGUUUUCUAUUUUAUUUGAAGUUUUUAUCUUCCUCAAACAUUGGUGCAUAACGGUUAUUUAUUGUUAUGAUGGCCGAUCCUGCUGCUAUGGGUAAUUUGAAUGGUGGUUAGACAACAUCACUGUAUGGCAACAUUCCAAACUUAACUAAUAGCUUUGCUUAAUGUUCACAGCACCUUAUGCACUGCUAUGCAAAUAUAAACAUACAUUACCCCAAAAGUGCACCUAUUUUUGUAGAUGUUGGUGCACAGGCUUACAUAGUGUUUUCAUAGCUACAACUAAGACAUUCUUAUUUAUUGUAAAACAAGGUAGAUAUGUGUAAUUGGUUAAUUGACAAUAAAUUCAUACAGUGCAAUUGGAAAGUA